UGUGAGUGCGCGUAGUCGCGCGCCUGUCCCCGCGCGGGCUCCGUAGCGCGUGUGCAGGCUGACGCAGCUCGCGGGCCCUCCUCCUGCUCUGCAGCGGCGUCGGCGGAGUUUUGGGCGUUUGGGAGGGGGGCGAGGGAGCGAGAGUCGAGAGAGGGAGGCGGCGGCGGCGGCGGGGAGGAGGAGGAGGAGGAGCAGGCGCCGCCAUGGCCGCCGCUAUCACCGACAUGGCCGACCUGGAGGAGCUCUCCCGCCUGAGCCCUCUGCCCCCCGGCAGCCCGGGUUCGGCGGCGCGGGGCCGGGCUGAGCCCCCCGAGGAGGAGGAGGAAGAGGAGGAGGAGGAAGAGGAGGCGGAGGCCGAGGCGGUGGCGGCGCUGCUGCUGAACGGCGGCAGCGGUGGGGGCGGCGGAGGCGGCGGCGGAGUGGGGGGCGGCGAGGCAGAGACGAUGUCGGAGCCGAGCCCCGAGAGCGCCAGCCAGGCCGGGGAGGACGAAGACGAGGAGGAGGACGACGAGGAGGAGGAAGAUGAGAGCAGCAGCAGCGGCGGGGGUGAGGAGGAGAGUAGCGCCGAGAGCCUGGUCGGCAGCAGCGGCGGGAGCAGCAGCGACGAGACCCGCUCGCUGAGCCCCGGCGCCGCCAGCAGCAGCAGCGGGGAUGGGGACGGCAAGGAGGGCCUGGAGGAGCCCAAGGGACCGCGGGGCAGCCAGGGCGGCGGCGGGGGCGGCAGCAGUAGCAGCAGCGUCGUCUCCAGCGGCGGCGACGAGGGCUACGGGACUGGGGGAGGCGGAAGCAGCGCGACCUCCGGGGGCCGGCGAGGCAGCUUGGAGAUGUCGUCGGAUGGGGAACCCCUGAGCCGCAUGGACUCGGAGGACAGCAUAAGCAGUACUAUAAUGGAUGUAGACAGCACAAUUUCCAGUGGGCGUUCAACUCCAGCAAUGAUGAAUGGACAAGGAAGCACUACUUCUUCAAGCAAAAAUAUUGCCUAUAAUUGUUGUUGGGACCAGUGCCAGGCUUGCUUCAACUCUAGCCCAGAUCUGGCAGAUCACAUCCGUUCCAUACAUGUAGAUGGUCAGCGAGGAGGGGUAUUUGUUUGCUUAUGGAAAGGUUGUAAAGUAUAUAACACUCCAUCUACCAGUCAAAGUUGGUUACAAAGGCAUAUGCUGACACACAGUGGAGACAAACCUUUCAAGUGUGUUGUUGGUGGCUGCAAUGCCAGCUUUGCUUCUCAGGGAGGGCUAGCUCGUCAUGUACCCACACACUUCAGUCAGCAGAACUCCUCAAAAGUUUCUAGCCAGCCAAAGGCCAAAGAAGAAUCUCCUUCUAAAGCUGGAAUGAACAAAAGGAGGAAAUUAAAGAACAAAAGACGACGCUCAUUACCACGGCCACAUGAUUUCUUCGAUGCACAAACACUGGAUGCGAUAAGACAUCGAGCCAUAUGCUUUAACCUCUCAGCUCAUAUAGAAAGUUUAGGGAAGGGACACAGUGUUGUUUUUCAUAGUACUGUAAUAGCUAAGAGAAAAGAAGAUUCUGGGAAAAUCAAACUUUUGCUUCAUUGGAUGCCUGAAGACAUUCUGCCUGAUGUGUGGGUGAAUGAAAGUGAACGACAUCAGUUAAAAACUAAAGUAGUUCAUUUAUCAAAGCUACCCAAAGAUACUGCCUUGCUUUUGGACCCAAACAUAUACAGAACAAUGCCGCAGAAGAGGUUGAAGAGAAAAGGGAAAACGUGGAAGUACAGAAAUGAAUCAUACAACAAAUAUGUGUGUACCAGGCACUUCCUGUGGCUGGGAAUAUGGACUAGCAGGUCUGCAUUGGAUCCUUGAUUAUGAAUAUUAGAGGUUGAGAUACUUCUAGAAGCCUGUUUCUGGGAUUGUUUCAUCCAUCUCUUAGAAACAAUAUAAAACUAUUAGUUUGGUAUCUUACCUUUUAAUCUUCUCCCACCCCUAAUUCAAAAAGGUUUCAUGACACAGCAAGAUAACAAUUUAAAAAAUGAAUAGAAAUAAGAGAGGAAAAUUUUUAAAGUAAGGUGCAGCUGGAGUGAUCUCCAUGAAAUGCAUGCUCUUGAAUUUUAUAUGCUUAUCAGAGGUUGGCCAUAAACUUGCUAGCUUUGAGCUAAUUUAUGAAGGAGUGCAAGAGGAUGUUGCAGGAUUCAUGGCAUUUAUAACUGGGUAGUAAGCAUUUAGAAUUAGCUGGACAGUGGGCUAGGGGAAUUGGUUUAGCCUUCACAUUUAGUCCUUACAGUUAAUAUAUGAAAUGUGGGUUUUACUAUUUUUGUUUUACAAGUGAGAUACUUGGUUAACUUGUCCAAGACAUACAGCCAGCAAGUGACUGAGCCUGGAGUUUGAACCAGUUCUGCUUGACUGUAAAUCCAGAAAUCUUACUGUUGUGCCACUUUGAUAAAUAAUUAUUUGAAUGUAUUUUGCAAGGCUGUGUUAAUAAGCAUCUUUGAAAGAAAAUACAUUAAUCAGUGUCAUACACAUUUUAACCAAGCUUUGCUCAUCUCUCUGCGUGCUUUGAAACUAUUUCCAGUUGUUAUGCAACUGAUUGCCUAGGGAUCGAAAUGACUUUUAGUUAAUGACAAACAAGAUAAAUAUGUUGCAAAAUCAUUAAAAAUACUUCACCUUCACUGAUUCCUUCUCUACUGCUCUUUUUUCCUUUAUAUAGACCUGAGUUUCUCACCUGUAUCAUUAUCCUUCUCUCUGAGAAACUUCUUUUAAUAUUUGUUGCAAGGCAAGUCUACCGGCAACACAUUCCCUCAAAUUUUGUUUGAGAAGGUCUUUAUUUCUCCAUAAUUUUUGAAGGUUAAUUUCACAGGAUAUGGGAUUCUAGAUUGGUGGGUUUUUUUCCCCUCUCUCAACACUUUAAGCAUCUCACUCUCUUGCUUACCUGUUUUCUGAAAAGGAUGAUGUUAUUCUUAUCCUUGGCACUCUAUAGAUAAGGUGGGUUUUUUCCUCUAGCUUUUUCCGAGAUUUUUCUUUAUCUUUGAUUUUCUGCAGUUUGAAUAUGGAAUGCCUACUUGCAAGUUUUUUGCAUUUAUCCUGCUUGGUGUGUUCUCUGAGCUUCCUAGAAUUGUGGUUUGUUGUCUGAUAUUAAUUUUAGGAAAUUAUCAGUUAUUAUUGCUUCAUAUAUUUCCUCUGUUCUUCUGUCUCCGUGUAUUCCCAUUACAUGUAUUUUACACAUUUUUAAUUAGGUUGGUGCAAAAGUAAUUGCGGUUUUUGCCAUUACUGUCAAUAGUUGUCCCACUUCUUGGAUAUUCUGUUUCCUUUUCCUUUUCCCUUUUCCAUUUUCCCCCCGCCCCCACCCCGCUUUCUUUUUCUUUUCAGUUUUGGAAGUUUCUUUUGACAUAUCCUCAAGUUCAGAGAUUUUUUCCUCUCCUGUGUCCAGUCUCCUAAUGAGCCCAUGAAAAGCAUUCUUCAUUUCAAUUACAGUGUUUUUUGCUUUCUUAGAAUUUCCAUUUUUCUGCUUAUAUUACCCAUCUCUUCUUGCACAUUGUUUGCUUUUUCCAUAAGAGCUCUUAGCAUAUUAAUUAUAAUUAUUUUAAAUUCUUAUCUGAUAAUUCCAAUGUCUCUGCUAUAUCUGAGUCUGGUUCUGGUGCUUGUUGUGUUUCUUAAAAAACUGUGGUUUUUUGGCUGGAUGUGGUGGCUCACACCUGUAAUUCCAGCACUUUGGGAGGCUGAGGCAGGUGGAUCACCUGAGGUCAGGAGUUCAAGACCAGCCUGACCAACAUGAUGAAACACCAUUUCUACAAAAAUACAAAAAUUAGGCAUGAUGGCGGGUGCCUGUAAUCCCAGCUACUUGGGAGACUGAGGUGGGAGAAUUGUUUGAACCCAGGAGGCAGAGGUUGCAGUGAGCUGAGAUCCCGCCAUUGCACUCCAGCCUGGGCAACAGAGCGACGCUCUGCCUUAAAAAACAAAACAAAACAAAAAAACAAAGCAAACAAAAAAAACCUGGUUUUUGCCUUUUGAUUUGCCUUGUACUUUUUUGUUGAAAGGUGGACAUUGGUUGAAAGGUGGUCAUAAAUAGGCCCUUAAUAAAGUGGUGGUGAAGUGUUGGAGGUGAGGAAGCAUUCUAUAGUCCUACAAUUAUGUCUCAGUCUUUCAGUGAACUUGUGCCCCUGGGCUGUGACCUUUACAAGUGCUUUUCAGUUUUUCCCCCUCUUUAAUUGGGAUAGGAUGGCUAGAGGGGGCUGUGGUUUAGAUGGCCGAGUUUCAGUGUUCCCAUCUACAGGACCUUUCCCAAGUUGGUUGGUCUCUGAUAAAACGUUAGUAAGUUAAGCUCUGGUUAAAUAGUUUCCCUUAACAUUAAAGAAUUUUUUUUCUUUGAGGGCAGGCCUUAUUAAGAACAGAAUGGUCCGGGUAUAUUCCAAAUGGCUGGUUUUCUCAUCCCCCUGCUGGAAAUGUGUGGGUUUUUCUUUCUGUCUUCACUGUGAGAACCUGGUAGAACUUCUGGAGAUGAACUCACAAAAGUAUGUGGGCAGAGGGGGAUGGUAGGCACUAAGACUGGGCCCUUUGGAUUUUUAAACUUUUAGACUUGUCUGCAUUGAGCCUCUAGCAAUUUGACAGAUUUAAGAAGAGUUGUUGCUGGACGUGUUGGUUCACGCCUGUAAUCCCAGCACUUUGGGAGGCAGAGAUGGGUGGGUUGCUUGAGUUCACGAGUUCCAGAGCAGCCUGGGCAACAUGGCAAAACCCUGUGUCUACAAAAAAAAUACAAGAAUUAGUCAGGUGUGGUGGCAUGUGCCUGUAGUCCCAGCUACUCGGGAGGCUGAGGUGGGAGGAUAGCUUGAGCCUGGGAGGUAGAGGUUGCAGUAAGCCAAUAUUGCGCCACUGUACUCCAGCCUGGGCAAUAGAACCAGGCCUUGUCUCAAAAAACACAAAAAGAGUUAUUGAUUUUCGGCUCAGUUUUUUACUUGCUGGGAUGGAUUGAUGACUUCCAAGCUCCUUACAUGCUGGACUGGGAGCUGGAAGUUCACACCAUUAGAAAUAAACAGUAGUUUGUUAACAUCCAUUGCUGUGGCUUCACUAGUGUGAACGAGAGUUAAGCAGACACGAGGAUCAGGGAUGUAUUCUCAGACUGUAUGUUAUGCAAUUUAUAUCAGCUUAGAUUAAGCAUUCUCAGGCAACAUUAAAGUACAGUAUUUCUGUUUUUAUGAUUGUUUUCCACUCUGUUUAAAAUACAGGAACUCGGCCGGGCGCGGUGGCUCACGCUUGUAAUCCCAGCACUUUGGGAGGCCGAGGCGGGCGGAUCACGAGGUCAGGAGAUCGAGACCACGGUGAAACCCCGUCUCUACUAAAAAAGACAAAAAAUUAGCCGGGCGUGGUGGAGGGCGCCUGUAGUCCCAGCUACUCGGAGAGGCUGAGGCAGGAGAAUGGCGUGAACCCGGGAGGCGGAGCUUGCAGUGAGCCGAGAUCGCGCCACUGCACUCCAGCCUGGGCGACAGAGCAAGACUCCGUCUCAAAAAAAAAAAAAAAAAAAAAUACAGGAACUCGAAGAAGAAGGAGGAAUCAAAUGAGGAAAAAGGAGAAAUCAGUUAUCUCAGGCAGUUUGAGCUGCUAACAAAGUAGCAUAGACUGGGUGGCUUAUAAACAACAGAAAUUUAUUUCUCAGUUCUGUAGAUUGAAACUCUGAGAUCAGGGUGUCAGUAUACCCAGGUUGCGGAGAAUGUCCUCUUUCAGGCUGUCUUCAGACUGCUGUCUUCUUGUAGUCUCACAUUCUACAAAACUUACGGGAGGAGAGCUCUCUGGGGUGUCUUUCAUGACGCUAAUCCCAUUCAUGACGGCUUUACCCUCAUGAUGCCGCCCAAAGGCCCCAGGAGGGCCUUACUGUCUUAUUACUAUUACAUUGUGGGUUAGGAUUUCAACAUGGCUUUUGGGGAACACAAACAGUCUAUAACAUUCCACCCCUCCCCCCCAAUUCAUGUUCUUGGGUGCAAAAUACAUUAACUCCACCCAGCAACCUCAAAUGUCUUAACUCGUUCCAGCAUCAAUUCUAAAGUCUAAAAUCCAAAGUCUCAUCUAAAUUCGAUGGUAAUCAGGUGGUAAUGUCGGGGCAGGGACCUGAAGAGCAUGAGGGAGCUAGGCCUGGGCUACGUGGCAGAAUGUGUUCCAGGCAGGUGGUGCGAGCACAAAGGCCUGAAGCGUGGGGGCGGGGGGCAGGGGCGGUGGCUGGUGGUGUGGCUGGAACACAGCCAGUGAGGCACGACUAGGGGCACACCAUGAGGGGCAGGGGUUGGUGAAACUUCUCUGCAAACUUUUUUUUGUAAAAAUGUAUCUUUUUUUUUUUUUUAUUUUUUGCCAGGUAUGGCUGGUGGGUAGGUUGUAAAAGGGGUCUGUCUCCACUACUCAUCUCUGUCGUAGUGGGAAAGCAGCCAUAGAUGUUAUAUAGAAAAAUGGACAUGGCUGCAUUCCAGUAAAACUCAUAUUUACAAAAGUAGAGAGUGAGCCAGAUUUGGCACAUUGGCCAUGUUUAGCUGCUUGCCAAUAUAGGUGCUCAUAAGCCAUUGGAAAUCACCUUGGAUUUUAUUCUAAAUGUGAUCAAAGUUUUUGGAGGGUUGUGAACAAGUGAGUGAAAUGAUAGGAUUUAUUUUAAAAGGAUUACAGGCCAGGCACAGUGGCUCACACCUGUAAUCUCAGUACUUUGGGAGGCCAAGGCAGGAGGAUGACUUGAGGCCAGGAGGGUUUUUUGUUUGUUUGUUUGUUUUUUGAGAUGGAGACUCACUCUGUCCUUCAGGCUGGAGUGCAAUGGUGCAAUCUCAGUUCACUGCAACCUCCACCUCCUGGGUUGAAGCAAUUCUCCUGCCCCAGCCUCCUGAGUAGCUGGGAUUACAGGUGCACACCACCAUGCAUGGCUAUUUUUUUUUUUUUCGGUAGAUACAGAGUUCUGCCAUGUUGGCCAGGCUGGUCUCGAACUCCUGAUCUCGGGUGAUCCACCUGCCUUGGCCUCUCAAAGGGCUGGGAUUACAGACAUGAGCCACCGUGCCCGGCCAAGGCUAGGAGUUUGAGACUGCAGCAGGUCAUGAUUGUGCCACUGGACUCCAGCCCGGGUGACAGAGCGAGACCCUGUCUCAAAAAAAAAAAAAAAAAAAAAAAACCCAAAACCAACAAAGGAUUACAGGUUGCUUUGUGGAGAACAGAACAUAUCCUCCACACAAAUGGAAAAAGGAAAAGCUAUUUGGGGUUUCAUAUGAAUCUAGGAAAAAGACCGUGGUGACUUGGACUCUGAUAGUAGCAAUGGAGUUGACAAGAAGGGGUAACAGUAGAUAUAUUCGAGAUGAAGUGUGUGUAUGGGCUAGCUAAAUAUGAUGCUAAUAUUAGUGCAACUGAGUGAAAGAUGGAGCAUCUUACUAGUUUAGAAAAGACUUUACAGGAAUGAGCUUUGGUGGAGAAACUGAGUUUGGUUAAGUUUGAGAUGCCUAUUAAGCAUCUAAGUGACAAAAGGGAGCAUGCAGUUGGGUGUAUUCCAGUCUCUCUCGGAGAAAGAGGAGAAGGUAUGACAAUGAUCUGGAAGGGUGAAUGGAAUGAGGAAAUCUAAUUGAAAUAUUGGACCGUUCUGAAAUAACACAUGAGGUUUGCUCUCAAAUUUAGAGUGACAGCAAAUACCAUUGUAUGUUUUUCCCCUAGUUACAAUGAGCUGUGUGGGUACAGGUAUGGAGUAGGUGGAGAGCUGGGUUUAACUGGAACUGAGGUUUUAUUAGGCAGAUAGAGCGAAGGGAAAGAGGUCCUAGGAAAAUAUGUGGUUUGUACCAAUUUGGAUGAGGAAGGAAGUGAGGUCAUGAUAGUGAGACUGGAAGAUUGAGAGAUCUUAGGUACUGAUGGGGUUGAGGAACUGCUGGACUUACUGUUACUAGAGGAAGCGAAAUGGAAAGUCAGAAGUUUGGUCAGAGAUGCUUAGAAUUAAGUUUUGCUCGUGAUACAUCAAUUGCCUGCACAAAGAUCCAACAUAUGACCGUGAGAAUGGGUGAUGAUGGGGGACUGAGGCUGUGAUCAAUGGAUUUAAGGGAGUUGAGUAACUGAGAGGUCAGAGUGUGGCAUUAAUCCGCUUAACAUGCACUUCAGAAUCAGCAAAAAUGAUUGUAAGAGUUGUAGAGAUCAAUACAUGAAGCUUGGAAGCUAAGUGUAAAAUCUUCAGUGAAUAUGAAUGUUGGGGAGUGAGCAGGAAGAUGGUUGUAAAUGCUAAUUCCAAGUGGCCUUGUGACUUUAGGCCAAGUCACUUAACCACUCAAGUGUCCAUUUCCUUGUGUGUAUAAAUGAUGAGUGAAGACCCAGUUUUUAAACCUGAAAACCUAGACUGUAGUAGGUAUUGGAGGAAGCAAGAGUGGGUUGGGAAGGGAAAGACGGGGGAUUUUCUUCUAGUGCUGUGAUUACCUCUGUGCGUUAUUUACCUCUGGCAUCAGUUUAAUAAACUCUCAUCCAGGAUGUUCUUCAGUGGCACAGUCACAAAGUUAUCACCAAAGUCAAAAGACUACUUGCCAAAAUCAUAAAUACUUUUCUGUUAUUCUAACCAGCUGUUGUAUCCCAUGUUAAAUUUUUCUAUAUUAUUUGGUCUUUACUAUAAUGUUGUAUUUUAGCAGAUCUUUACUAAAUUAAGUGAAUGUAGUGAAGACUUUCUAAAAUAUCUAUUUUUAAGAAUGAAUUGAUCACCCUUUAUGCAAAUAUGGCAUGAUGAAAGUAGAAAGUAGUGGUAGUAAUUCUGCUUAUUAAGCUUAAAGUGUGGGGCAUUUACUAUACUUUUUAAUGCAAAUAAUUCUGAUGGUUAAAAAGUCUUUCAGUUGUUAAGGAUAUUGUAAUAGAUUGAUCAAGCAGUGUGUGUUUUAGCUAAGGUUUAUUUAUAACAGGAUAUGACAGUAGGAAAAUGAAUCCAUUUCUGAUGAGAUUUUUGCAAUUUGUCCUUCCCUCUUUAGAAAAUAUCACAAUCUCAGCUAUAAAGUAUUUCUUCCUUUAAGUAGCUUCUAAAAAGUGAUCUCUAGCUGGGUGUGGUUGACUCACGCCUGUAAUCCCAGCACUUUGGGAGGCUAAGGCAGGUGGAUCACCUGAGGUCAGGAGUUCGAGACCAGCCUGGCAAACAUGGUGAAACCCUGCCUUGGGUGUUCUGCUUGAGCCCAGAAAGUCGAGAAUGCAGUGAGCCACGAUCACGUCGCUGAACUCCAGCCUGGUCAACAGAGCGAGACCCUGUCUCAAAAAAGAAAAAGAAAAAAACUGUAUAAAAGUAACAAAAAUUAGACAAAUAUUGUUUGCAACAUAUGACAGAAAAAAAGGAUUAAUACACUUACAUAGAGCCGGGCACGGUGGCUCAUGCCUAUAAUCCCAGCACUUUGGGAGGCCGAGGCGGGUGGAUCACCUGAGGUCAGGAGUUUGAGACCAGUCUGACCAACAUGGUGAAACCCCCUCUCUGUUAAAAAUACAAAAAUUAACUGGGUGUGCUGGCGGGUGCCUGUAAUCACAGCUACUCAGGAGGCUGAGGCCAGGGAAUUGCUUGAACCCGGGAAGCAGAGGUUGCAGUAAGCUGAGAUCGCGCCAUUGCACUCUAGCCUGGGCAACAGAGCAAGACUCUGUCUCAAAAAAAGAAAAGAAAAGAAAAGAAAUACACUUACAUAGAUGAAUAAUAAAACCAGGCACAGUGGUUCAUGCCUGUAAUCUUAGCACUUUGGGAGGCUGAGGCAGGAGGGUGACUAGAGCUCAAGCGUUCAUGACCAGCCUGGGCAACAUAAUGAGAUCUUGUCUCUACAAAAAUUUUUAAAAAAUUAGCCAUAUGUGGUGACACGCACCUGUAAUCCCAGCUACUCGGGAGGCUGAGGUGGAAGGAUUGCUUAAGCCCAGCAGGAGGAGGCAGCAGUGAAUCUAUGUAUAUAUAUGUAAUUGGUCAAUAAACAAUAUAUCCAGCCUUUGUUGUAAUAAAACAUAAAUUUUAAAAAUGAACUGCCCUUUUUACCUAUCAAUUUUUCUCUUGGUAGUAUUCAGGGUUGGAAAGGGGACUUAAAACAAUGCCACAUAACAUUUCUAGAAAGGAAAUGACAGAAGACACUAAAGCCUAAAAAUGUUUCUCCUCUUUGAGUAAAUAUUUUUCAUUGUAGGAAAUGAAAUAAAUACAAAUACAAGGAUAUUUAUUAAAUCUUUAUUGAUACUGGGAGACACUGGAAACGAUAAUAUUCAACAAUAGGUAACUGGCUAACUAUAGCACACACCCACACUGGAACACCUCAUGGGUAUCAGGAGUCCAGUGACGUGCUGAUGCUCAACACAUACAUUAUAUGUUAUGAACCCAGUCGGGGAGAAAAAGUCUUAUUUGUACAUAAAGGGAAAUAUCCUAAUAUAUCACAUACUAAUAUAUUAACCUUUAUUAUUAAAACAUGAUUAUACUUUUUUUUUUUGAGACAGAGUCUUGCUCUGUUGCCCAGGCUGGGGUGCAGUGGCGCCAUCACUGCUGUCUGCAACCUCCACCUCCUAAAGUGAUAGGAUUACAGGCGUGAGCCACCGCACCUGACCAACUUUAUGUGUUUCUAUGUAUAGAGUUUUGUUUGUUCGUUUGUUUGUUUAUAAACAGGGUCUCACUCUGUCACACAGACUGGAGUGCAGUGGUGCAAACACAGCUCACUGCCUCCUCUACCUCCUGGGCUUAAGCGGUCCUCCUGCCUCAGCCUCCAGCGUAGCUGGGGCCACAGGCAUACACCACCACACUUGGCUAAUUUUUUUAUAAUUUUAAAGACAGGCUCUUAUUUUGCUGCCCAAGCUGGUGUCGAACUCCUAGGAUCAAGCAAUCCUCUCACCUCCCAAAGUGUUAGGAUUACAGGCAUGAGUCACUGAGCCCAGCCUAUAGAGAUAUUUUGAAGAAUACAUUUUAGAAGUGGGAUUCCUGAUCAAAAUUGAAACAUACAGUGCUGGCAAGUUACCCUCCCAAAGGGCAAUACCAAUUUGUAGUCUCAGGAAAGGGAAUAUUUAUUUUUUUACACUUUCAUCAAUCUUGGAUAUUAUCAGUCUUUAAAAAAAUUUUUUUGGUAAAUAUGAAGGUCAGAGAUUUUUACUUCUUAAAGUCUAUGAAAAGAAAAAAACCUUAAAAACAGUCACCAUGGGCAGGUGGAUUGUAAUAAUCAGCUGUGAUCCUUACUGUUGGGGCUUGAUGUUUUUAAAAUCAAUUCUGUUACAGUCAUCUCCAGGCAUUUCUCCAGUUACAUAGGCUUUGCAUUCAUCUCUUUUCCCCAUGUCCCUCCCCAAAAUUAGCGGUUCAGAUCAUUUAGCUUCAUCUAGGGAGUGUCAGUUAUCCCGUUAGACUUUCAUUCAUUCCCAUGAUGAAUGCAUCAACCAGCACAGUGCUGCUUUGCAGGAGGAGAACUUGAAGGGGAUUUUGGCCUCCUCCCCACUUAGGCUAGGCCUGCAGUCAAAUUCAAAGUACAACCGACAGAAAUUUCUUGGAUAUUUAAAUUCCAGGCCUUGUGCUAGACAUUAGGGUUACGGAAGUGUGUGUGAAAGAUGGGAGUGACCAUGGCAAGAGGGAGAGUGGCACAAAGCAAGGCUGGAAAGUUAGGUGCUAGAUCACGCAGGGCCUCAGAGGUCACAGGAUUUCAUCCCGAGACAGCCAUUGCAGGGCAUUUAGUAUGGUAGGGCAUGAUCAGAUGUUACUUUGUAAUGUUAUGAGAAUAGAUAGGAGGAAGUGUGUAGAUACAAGGAGGCCUGUGGGAUGACCAUUGCCAUGGGCCAGGUGAGGGAAGAUGUUAACUUAGACUGGUAGCAGUAAUGAUGAGAAGAAAUGAGUGGAUUUGAGAAAUACUUGGGAAAUAUAUCACUAGGAUUAGGUGAGGUUUCUGGCUUGAGCAACUGCAUGACUUGGUCCCAUUGUGUUGGGAUAGGGAAGUGAGCUCUGGAGGACUAAUCCCUAGGUUUGGCCUACAUUGAUGGUUUAUAAAACAGCGACCAAGAGACAGACUAGUUGGAGGAUUUUUUCCAUUGUCCCUUUGUCCUCUACUUAAGGCAGAGAAUCUUAAUCACCAGUCAGAUAUUACCUGACCCGCUUUUCAGUUCUCUGACAAAGAUGUGUGUGAAUUACAGAGUGGAUAUUUUUUUUUUUUUUUUUUUUUUGGCAUUUUGUCCCAUUUGUUUCUUCUUUCUCUCUGACUCAGUUCCCCUCAUUAUAAAAAAUUUUGAUUGAUACUUAAUAAUUGUACAUAUUUAUGGGGUACAAUGUGAUGUUUUGAUACAUGUAUACAUUGGCUAAUGAACAAAUCAGGGUAAUUAGCACAUCUCUCACCUUAAACAUUUAUUUCUUUGUGAACAUUUGAAUAGCUCUCGUCUAGCUGUUUUGAAAUACAUCAUGCAUUAUUGUUUACUUAUUCUACUGUGCAAUAAAACUCCAGAACUUAUUCUUCCUAUCUUGCUGUAGCUUUAUACCAAUUGACUAACCUUCCCCCUACCUCCCUAUCUUCUGGUAACCAUUAUUCUACUCUGUACUUCUGUGAGAACAACUUUUAAGAUUCCACACAUGAGUGAGAUCAUACAGUAUUUGCCUUUCUGUGCCUGGCUUAUUUCACUUAAUGUAAUGUCUUCUAGAUUCAUUCAUGUUGUCACAAAUGAUAAGAUUUCAUUCAUUUUUUUAUAGCUGAAUUGUAUUCUAUUGUUAUUUUCUUCAUCCAUUUAUCCAUUAAUAGACAUUUACUUUGAUUUCAUAUCUUGGCUAUUGUGAAUAGUGCUGCAAUAAACAUAGGAAUGCAGAUAUCUGCAUACUAAUUUCAUUUCCUUUGGCUAUUUAUCCAAUGGUGGGAUUGCUGGAUCAUAUGGUAGUUCUAAGUUUUUGAAUAACCUUCAUAUUGUUUUCCAUAACAGCUGUAUUAAUUUACAUUCCCACCAGCAGUGUGUAAGUGUUCCCUUUCUUCAUGUCCUCUCCAGCACUUGUUAUAGUUCAUCUUUUGCAUAGUAGCUAUUCUAACUGGAGUGAGAUAAUAUCUCAGUUGUAGUUUUGAUUUGCGUUUCCCUGGUGCUAGCAAUGUGAGCAUUUUUUCAUAUAUCUGUUGGCCAUUUGUAUAUCUUUUGAGAAAAGUCUAUUCAGGUCUUUUGCCCAAUUUUAAAUCAGGUUAUAUAUUUUUUUGUUGCUGAGAUGUUUGAGUUCCUUAUAUAUUUUGAAUAAUCCCUUAUCAGGUGUAUAGUUUGCCAAUAUAUUCUCCCAUACUGUAGGUUGUCCCUUUACUCUGUUGAUUGUUUCCUUUGCUGUAUAGAAACGUUUUAGUUUGAUGCAAUUCCGCUUAUCUAUAUUUGCUUGUGUUACCUAUGCCUUUGAGGUUUUAUUUAAAAAAAUCUUUUAUGCAAAUGGACUAAAAAAUAAAAAUAAA